AUUUAAAUAUAAAUAUUUAUAUUGAUAAGAAAAAAAUGGUUGAAAAUAAAGUUAAUUGCGAAUCGACAAAUAAAAAUGACACGGAACAAUCUGACUGGGAUUUACCCUUAGCCUUUUCAAAACCAUAUCAUACGGAAAACAUAGAGGGUAUAAAUUGUGUUGCACAAACAUGGAGAAUGAAAGAAAAGAUGAAGACUGUGAGCGUAGCAUUAGUUCUAUGCUUGAAUGUUGGUGUCGAUCCACCAGAUGUUGUCAAAACUCAACCAAGUGCUCGACUAGAAUGUUGGAUAGAUCCAUUAUCAAUGUCACCUGUAAAAGCUCUAGAAGCAGUUGGAAAUAAUUUACAAAAACAAUAUGAAAAAUGGCAACCUCGUGCACGAUACAAGCAAUCCUUGGAUCCAACAGUUGAAGAGGUGAAAAAAUUAUGUACUUCAUUACGUAGAAAUGCUAAAGAAGAAAGAGUUCUCUUUCAUUAUAACGGCCAUGGUGUACCGAAACCUACGACAAAUGGUGAAAUCUGGGUGUUUAACAGGACAUAUACGCAAUAUAUUCCACUUUCGGUAUAUGAUUUGCAAACUUGGAUGGGUGCUCCAUCGAUUUAUGUAUACGACUGUUCUAAUGCUGGAAUUAUUGUGGAUUCUUUUAAACAAUUUGCUGAGCAACAUGAAAAAGAAUAUGAGGUUAGUUCAUCUGGUCGAGGUGCAUCACCUGGUUCAACUCAUACUGGCCCUUCAUUUAAAAAUUGUAUACAGCUUGCUGCCUGUUCCGCUAAUCAAACUUUACCUAUGUCACCUGCAGUGCCUGCAGAUUUAUUCACUUCAUGUUUAACCACGCCUAUUAAAGUUGCACUUAGGUGGUAUGUGAUGCAUGAAAAUUCAAAGUUAGUCCCAAAAAUUAAUUUGGAAUUGAUUGAUAAAAUUCCAGGUCAAUUAAAUGACCGACGAACUAUGUUAGGAGAAUUAAAUUGGAUUUUCACUGCAAUUACGGACACAAUUGCGUGGAAUACCCUACCUCGAGAUUUAUUUCAGAAGUUAUUCCGGCAAGACUUGCUCGUUGCAAGUUUACUACGAAAUUUUUUACUAGCGGAACGAGUUUUGCGUUCAUAUGACUGUGUACCAGUAAGCAGUCCUGCUCUACCUCCGACCCACCAGCAUCCUUUAUGGCAAGCGUGGGAUUUAGCACUUGAUUUAGCUUGUUGUCAGCUGCCAGCUGUUUUAAACGGAGAAGAAUUUAAACAUGCACCAUUUUUUAAAGAACAAUUAACAGCUUUUCAAGUUUGGCUUGACCUAGGAGGAGAAGAGAAAUCACCACCAGAACAAUUACCAAUAGUUUUACAAGUUUUAUUAAGUCAAGUUCAUCGUAUGCGUGCUUUAGAAUUACUAGCCCGAUUUUUAGAUUUAGGACCAUGGGCUGUAAAUUUAGCAUUAUCCGUUGGCAUUUUUCCAUAUGUUUUAAAGUUGUUACAAUCUUCUGCUAAAGAACUUCGACCAUUGCUUGUUUUUAUCUGGGCUAAAAUUUUAGCAGUUGAUACAUCUUGUCAAAGUGAUUUAGUACGUGAAAAUGGUCAUAAAUACUUUUUAUCAGUGUUACAAGAUCCGUCUACGAAGUUUGAACAUCGCACAUUAGCCGCAUUUAGUUUAGCAUGUAUUGUUUGGAAUUAUUCCGCUGGUCAACGGGCAACUUUACAAGACGGUUUAGUGAGUGUUUGCCUUGAACAGUUGAAUGAACCAAGUUUAUUUAAUAACUCAAAUUCUUGCUCACCUCGUUUUAAACAAUGGUUAGCUUUAUGUUUGGCUAGAUUAUGGGAAGGAUACGAACAAGCUCGUUGGUGUGGUGUGCGUGAUAGUGCACACGAAAAAUUAUAUGCUUUAUUAGAUGAUCCAUCACCAGAAGUUCGUGCUGCUGCAGUUUAUGCCUUAGGUACAUUUAUUAGUUCGGUUACAGAGCGAUCUGAACAUGCAAACACAAUUGAUCAACAAGUAGCUAUGACAUUACUUAAUCGUUGUAAAGAAGAUAUGAGUUGGUUAGUACGACGUGAAUUAGUUGCUGGAGCGUUACAUUGGAUGGUACGAUUGUUUGAAUCUGCAUUUGUUAGUGUGGCAGCAUUAGAAGAAGGAAAACGUGAAUUGGCUGGAUUUGAAAUUGUUGGUGGCAAUAACAUUUCAAGUUUAAGUGGUGGUGGAAUGCGACGAAUUGGCUCCCGCGAUAGAUUACGCGUUUUGUCACCAUCAAAUCUUUUGGGAGCGGAUCAAGUAGAUUCGAAUAUCACAGAAAGAUUGAAGCGAGUUGCAAGUAGUUCGUCAAUUAGUAGUUUAGGUGGCGGCUCGGGAACUGGUGGCUCGACGUUAAACACACCUUUAUCGUUAGCAUAUGGUAGUGUAUACAUGAAACUUUGGCAUGGAAUGCUAUUCCUUGAUAAUGAUCCACAUCCACAAGUUGCACAAACAUCAUUGGUUAUUACCAAUUAUGUCCGUAAUCAAGUCAAAGAAACUGCUUCAAAUAGAGAUUUAAGUAUAGAUGGAAGAUUAAAUGCCAGCGUAAGUUUGCCACCAAGUCCGAAUAGAGGAAGUUAUUUAACGGGAAAUUCUCCACCAACUAUGCAUUCUCCCAAUGAUUUACAUCGCAUUUCAAAUAGGGCCACUCAAUUGGCGAAUAGAGCCAGAAAAACAGUUCCAAAUACAAUAAGCGAAGAAGUAGCAGCUGUAAGUGAUGAAAACGGGUCAAUGGAACGUAGUAAUGGAUCCACAAAUAAAGAACCAUUGAUUUCUACACAAUACGUUGCGUGGGCUAGUAAAUAUUUUGCACAACCUGUUAUUGAAACAUCUGAAGAAUCAGAUCCAGAAUCUCCUAUAUACCAUGAACGAGAAUGGAGAUAUCUUAGAAAUGCCGCAUUACGUAAAGAAUCAAAAGAAGAACAAAAACGAGUAGCAACAGGAGCUGGUCGAUUAGAAUCGCAAGUUUUUACAUCACGAAGUCCGCACGCCCCAACAACAUUAAAAUUUCAUCCAUAUGAUCAACAAUUAGCUGUUGCAGGCAAAGAUUGCUUUAGUAUUUGGGAUUGGGGUACUGGAGCAAAAUUAUGCUAUUGUCAAAGUCGUGGUACACGAUCACCGGUAACAAGAAUUACGUCUUUGGAAUUUUUAAAUGGCCAUGAUGUUGCAUUACUAUUAGUAGCAUCUGAUGAUGGAACUGUUAAACUUUGGCGGCCUUUGACUGUGGGAUCAGCUUCUGUACAUAGUCGAGAACCUGUUCUAGUCACCGCUUGGCAAGCGUUAACUGAUCUUCAACCAUCAACUCGAUCAAAUGCAUCUGUUGGAGUCGUAAUGACAUGGGAACAACAAACACAAAAAAUUCUUGUAACCGGAGAUGUUAGACUUAUAAGAGUAUGGGAUGCUGAAACUGAACUUCGAGUUUGUGACAUUCCAACGGGUGCUGAUUGUAGCGCCACAUGUAUUGAUAGUGAUAAUAGUAAUUUAAUCGUUGUGGGAUGUGGAGAUGGUUCUGUACGAUUAUUUGAUCGGCGGUUAUCUCCACAAGAAGCGCGUGUUAUGACUUGGCGAGAACAUACAGCUUGGGUCUUGGGAGUUUAUUUACGUCAUAAUGAAAAAUUAAUUAGUGGAAGUUUGGGAGGUGAUGUGAGAAUAUUCGAUAUUAGAAAAAACAUGUCUUUAACUACAUGCCAAACGACACAAGGAAUGACUGCGAUGUCUGUUCAUAAAACAGCAGAUACUUUCAGUUGUGGUUCUGUGAAUCAACAUAUUGGAGUAUAUCGAUUAACUGGUGAAAUAAUGAACGUAAUACGAUUUCAUGAAGGUUUCAUGGGACCACGCAUUGGACCAGUUAGUUGUUUAACGUAUCAUCCACAUCGUGUCGCACUUGCUGCUGGAUCAAUGGAUAGUUCUGUUAGUGUUUAUUCAAUUGAACCGAAGAGAUGACAUAGCGGGGCCCUCGGUCUAUUGGCCGCGGCCGCUAAUGUAGCUUAUAAUAGCCAGUCACAUGCUUCCAGUAGUACUUGAACUAUUCAUAUUGUAAUUAUAUAGUGUAUAUAAAUGUUUAUAAAUAUUUGAUCUUUUUAUUCAAA